GUAUAGCUCAAUCUCCUUGGCGAUGGAAGUUUUCUUAAUAUUGUAGGCACCACAUUUCUAGCUGAUAAUGCAACUAUCGUGGAGAUCAUAAAGAGGAGGAAUUUUGUGGAAGAAGGACCUGGAGGUUGGGAGUCUUCGGCCUCUACUCAGUCAAAUACAAGAAAAUAUUCCUCAAAACUUAAUGCAUGUGAUGUAGAUUCAAAAAGAGGUGAAUCAACUAGCUGAUAAGUUAGCAAAGGAUGUGAGAUCGCGACAGCUAAAUCCUUCAGGUUUAUGAUUGUCAAAAUAUCUUGAGUCUUGCUCAUCCUAGAAACCUUUGUUAUGUUAGAGAUUUGAAGAACCAUUUCAGAGCAACGAAUUGUAUUACAACUUUACAAGUCAUGUGCUCUGUUUCUGAAAUGGAAAUAAAACUGAUGAGUUCUAAAAAAAAAAAGAUCCAUACAUUCAUGCCUGUACACGGACAGCAAAUCUACAUGUCAGAGUGGAUAUCGCCAAAUUGGUUUCAGAAUUUCAUCAUUGUGCUCAUGCCCAAUAUUUUUUAAUUUUCGGUGAGGAACAGAUGAGCAUCUUUCGUGCUAGCUGCAGACUCGGGUGCACUAGGAAUUUCACUGGUUUAUUUCACACGAUUUAUUUCAGUUCCACUGAAAUUUGUUUGGAAUUCAUUUGGUUCGAGAAGAGGCGUGAGAUACGAGACUUUGGGAGAGGGAAAGGGCAGUUCAAUACCUGAUACUUUUGCUCACUUGGAGCUUGACCGGAGAGAGGGGAGGGAGAGUAGUGAGGGGGGAGCAGUCGAUGGCGGCGGAGACGGUGGUGAGCAUGGCGAUGUCGGUGCUGGGCAGCGCCGUCGGGAAGGCCGCCUCCGCCGCCGCCGACGAGGCCACCCUCCUGCUCGGCAUCCAGAAGGAGAUCUGGUACAUCAAGGACGAGCUGAAAACUAUUCAGGCAUUCUUAAGAGCUGCUGAAGUAACAAAGAAGAAAGAUGACUUGCUAAAGGUAUGGGCAGAGCAAGUACGAGAUCUGUCAUAUAACAUUGAAGAUUGCCUAGACGAAUUCAAGGUUCAUGUUGAGAGCCAAAGCUUGGCAAAGCAACUAAUGAAGCUUGGUGAACGCCAUCGAAUUGCUGUACAGAUUCGCAACUUAAAAUCAAGAAUUGAAGAAGUGAGCAACAGGAAUACACGCUACAGCUUAAUCAAGCCCAUUUCCUCUAUAACCACAGAGGAUGAGAGGGAUUCCUACCUAGAAGAUGCUCGCAAUCAAUCAGGUAGCAACACUGACGAGUCAGAACUUGUGGGCUUUGCCAAGACUAAAGAUGAGUUGCUUAAACUGAUAGAUGUCAAUACUAAUGACGGUCCAGCUAAAGUGAUAUGUGUGGUUGGUAUGGGUGGAUUAGGCAAGACUACCCUUGCAAGGAAGGCAUAUGAAAACAAGGAACACAUGAAGAACUUCUCGUGUUGUGCUUGGAUCACUGUGUCUCAGUCAUUUGACAGGAAAGAAAUUCUGAAACAAAUGAUCAGGCAACUUCUGGGUGCUGAUUCAUUAGACAAACUCUUGAAAGAAUUUAGUGAGAAGUUGCUCGUGCAAGUCCAGCAUCUCGCUGAUCACUUGGUUGAAGGGCUAAAGGAGAAAAGGUACUUUGUUGUCCUUGAUGACCUAUGGACCAUAGAUGCAUGGAAUUGGAUUCAUGAUAUUGCUUUUCCGAAGAUUAACAACAGAGGUAGUCGCAUAAUAAUAAAAACGCGAGAUGCUGGCUUAGCUGGAAGGUGUACCUCUGAAUCACUUAUUUACCACCUUGAACCGUUACAUAUAGAUGAUGCUAUACACUUGCUACUAGCAAAGACAAACAUAAGACUUGAAGACAUGGAAAAUGAUGAGGACUUGGGCAGCAUAGUUACAAAAUUGGUAAAAAGGUGUGGUUAUUUACCGCUGGCUAUACUCACAAUAGGAGGCAUUCUUGCUACUAAGAAGAUAAUGGAGUGGGGAAAAUUUUACAGAGAACUUCCUUCAGAGCUUGAGAGCAAUCCAAGCCUAGAAGCCAUGAGGAGGAUGGUGACCCUAAGCUACAAUCACUUACCAUCUCAUCUUAAACCAUGCUUUCUUUACCUAAGUAUUUUCCCUGAAGAUUUUGAAAUUCAAAGAGGGCGCCUGGUAGAUAGAUGGAUAGCAGAGGGUUUUGUCAGAGCCACAGAUGGGGUGAACAUUGAGGAUGUUGGAAAUAGUCACUUUAAUGAGCUUAUCAACAGAAGUCUGAUUCAGCCCUCAAAAGUUAGUACAGAUGGAGUUGUUAAGAGAUGUCGAAUCCAUGAUAUCAUGCGUGAUAUCAUAGUUUCAAUUUCUAGAGAGGAAAAUUUUGUGCUGUUGACUAGGGAGAAGAUCACUGUUGUAGCGGAGGAGAGCAUCCGCCAUCUAGCAUUUCAUGGGAGCAAAUGCUCAAAGAUAUGCUUGGAGUGGAACCAUCUGCGCUCAGUAACUUUGUUUGGCGACAGACCUGUGGGGCGAACACCUGCACUUUGUUCACCACAAUUUAGGAUGCUGAGAGUGUUGGAUCUGGAAGAUGCAAAAUUCAAAUUCACACAAAAUGAUAUCAGGAAUAUAGGGUUGUUGCGCCACAUGAAAUAUUUGAAUUUUGCAAGAGCCUCAACUAUUUAUACACUUCCAAGGUCCAUAGGAAAAUUGCAGUGCUUGCAAAUUUUGAACAUGAGGGAGGCAAAUAUCUCAGCACUAACAACUGAGGUGACUAAACUCCAGAAUCUCCGUAGCCUCCGAUGCAGCAGGAGGUCUGGUUCUGGUUACUUUAGCAUAAUAGAUAAUCCCAAGGAAUGCUUGAUGAUCACCAUGUGCUUACCGAUGGUUUUCUUAACUUCAAUAAAUUUCAGUGACCGUGUGAAGUUAAUUCCUGAGAUAUGCAUGUCAUGUUCUACCCGUUGGUCUGAUACAAAGGGUGUGAGGGUGCCAAGAGGAAUUGACAACCUAAAAGAGUUACAGAUUCUAGAAGUCGUGGACAUCAACAGAACUAGUAGGAAGGCGAUUGAAGAGCUGGGGGAGCUAAUUCAGUUAAGAAAAUUAAGCGUGACAACAAAAGGCGCCACAAAUAAGAAGUAUCAGAUAUUUUGUGCAGCGAUUGAGAAGCUCUCUUCUCUGCAAUCUCUCCGUGUGGAUGCUGAGGGAUUCUCAGAUACUGGAACACUUGAGUGGCUCAAUUCGAUUGCAUGUCCUCCUCCAUUCUUGAAGAGACUCAAGUUGAAUGGAUCUCUUGCAGAUACACCAAACUGGUUUGGGAACCUUAAGCAGCUGGUGAAGAUGUGCUUAUCCAGAUGUGGGCUAAAAGAUGGUAAAACUAUGGAGAUACUUGGGGCACUGCCCAACCUUAUGGUUCUUCGUCUUUAUCGCAACGCAUAUGCUGACGAGAAAAUGACAUUCAGAAGGGGAACAUUCCCAAAUCUCAGGUGUCUUGAUAUUUACUUGCUGAAGCAACUUAGAGAGAUAAGAUUUGAGGAGGGCACCUCGCCAACGAUGGAAAGUAUAGAAAUUUAUGGUUGCAGGUUGGAAUCAGGGAUUAUUGGUAUCAAGCACCUUCCAAGACUUAAGAUUAUUUCGCUUGAAUAUGAUGGUAAAGUCGCGAAGCUUGAUGUGCUGCAAGAGGAAGUGAAUACACACCCCAAUCAUACUGAAUUGCAAAUGGCAGAGGAUCGAAGUCAUCAUGACCUAGGAGGUAUAUAAGGAUCUAAUAUAGUAUGUGAGCAAUGAAAAUCGCAUAUUGAGCUUGCCAUUGACAGAUCAUGGUCCUGACCAGGCCUUGCAUCUGAUGGCGAUGAUGCCCAUGACAAUCCAGCGUUGCGCUAUCAAACAUCAUGUUGACAACAAAGAGUUCAGUCUUGCACUUGAGAACCUACCCAGUUAUUAUGUAACGACACGUUUAUAUGCAUUGAGAUGAAAAAUAGACUUAAAUAACCAUAUAA